AUGCUGCUUCCUGCCACAGGGAACUCUGGCUGCAUGGCCACCAAGAUCCCUGCUGAGAAAUGUGGGAAAUGUCAGUGUGGGACACUCCAUUCUAAAAGCAUCCUGUACCAGAUCCUGAACAAAGAGCAAGGAAGUGAGACCAAGUGGCACCAGCAGCAUUGCAGCCCCCACUGCUCUGCAAGAAGGAAAUGCUGCCCUUGUUUGGACAGAAGAGUUGUCCUGAGAACACCAGAAGCCACAUGCAGAAGAGCUUCUGAAGUGCUGUUGAAGACUUCAACUUUCAUUAGAAACUUACCUUCUUUUUAUCACAUGCCUUGGGAGGAUCAGUUUGUCCUCAUACAACAAAACUGGGCCCCUCUUUUUGUCCUGGGCAUGGCACAAGAAGGAGUGGAUUUUGACCUGAGAGAGGUUCCAGCCACCAGUUUAUUGAAAAAAAUCCUCCUCAAUCAGUCUUCAACAGCUAUGAAUGAACUGGGCAGCUCAUCAGCAGGGGCAUCUUUCACAGAAGUUCAGAAGAUGAAGAAUUUAUUGUGGAAAUUCUGGGACCUGGACAUAAGUGCAAAAGAAUACGCCUAUCUUAAAGGAAUUAUUCUUUUUAAUUCUGAAUGUUGUGUCCUGAAAUGUCUCCCUUACGUACAAUUACUGCAGCAGGAAGCUCAGAAAGCCCUGAUGGAAUUUAUCUCAACAAUGCUCCAUGGAAGCCUCAGCAGGUUUGCUUCGAUUCUUCAGCUAAUCGCGUCUCUUCGAGACAUUGAUGCAGCUGCUAUUGAAGAGCUCUUCUUCAGGCCCAUCCUAGGAGAGGCCACCCUAAAUGUACUACUUCUAGAAACCCUAUAUAACAAGCCAGACUGGCUUUGA